AUGAUGUUCGCGACGCAGCCUGUAUAUCAACGACAGGAGCAGCAGCAGCAGCAGCAGCAACCAUUUUCGAAUCCAUGGCACACCACCGCAACCACACCCACGCGUCCCUCACCACUCUCCUCUCGCCGUCACCACUCUUCACCAUCUUCAUCCUCCUCAUCAAUGGCCACCCCCAGCACACCCAAUACCAGCUACCCCAACAACCGCAACCUCUUCUCCAGCCCUCUGGCCAACACCGCCAACACCGCCGCCGGCGCAGCACCCACCGACCCCGAAACCCCAUUAACAACCUUCUUCCCUUCCUCCCCACUCCAACCAGACCCAACAUCAGCAUCCUGCUUCGGAUCGCCAGUCCAAAAACCAUUCUCCGCUGCCACGAGCGCGGGCCCGCUCUUCUCCUUCAACCUCGACAGCAACAACACGAGGACUCCAACAACAACAAGCCCGAUCGCAUCCUCCACCAACAACCCCUCCCGCUUCGCCGCCCGCUACGCCGCCCAGAUCGCCAACCCGCUCGCCAACGCCGCCGCCCGAUCCACCAGACCCUACACGGGGACCUCGGCCUCGCCGGCGGCGCGCACCACCCGGCGUAACGCGUUCUUGAACCGCGUGAAGCGGGACCGCGCGGACGGGCGCUUCGAGAACCGCGGCGAGCAGCUGGUGCUGCUGGAGCAUGUGGCGGAGCAGAAGCGGUGGCGGGAGGCGAUGCGGCGGUCGGCGGUGAGUGAGUUGGGGCCUGGGUGGGAUGGGUUGGUGGAGGAGGAGGAAACCGAAAGGGAUGAUGAGGGUGCGGGUGCGGAGAUGGACGCGCUGGAUCAGUAUCUUUUAGAGCAGGAGCGGGGUGCCUUUGCUGAGGUGGGGGUGGAGAGCGGGUUUGAUGCCCCGGCGGGCUCAGGCUCGUUUAGUGAUGAGGAUUAUGAUGAUAUCUUUAUGGAUCUGGCGGGGGAGACGGAGAUGGAGGGGUUUGCGCAUAGUCAGGAGAUGGAUAUGUCGUGA